AUGCUUUGUGAUAGAUGCAAAUCAGUGAAAUUCGAGGUCUCCUCAAAUGCUGCAUCUGAGCCCUACCUUAACGCCUGCCGGAUUGAAGAUGAUCUUUCCAAUACUGGUUCACAAGCACUAAUCACUGACCGCGGCUUCACCGAUGCGGACGCCGCUCAAAGAAACCAUAAUCUAAUUGGUUCUUCGCAUCAAACUGAACUGCCACAUAAAUAUACUACCAAAGACCUACCGGUGAACGUCAAUCUAGCAUGCUUAUGGAUCAAGAAUUGUCUUCAGAGUCACGAAAACUGCACGUUUGGUAGUAGACAAGAAAGCACGCUACUUCCGACGCUGUUGAUCAACGUUUCAAUUCCCGAUCGACCCUUCCUGGAGCUAACGAGUGAAGCAACAAUUGGACCUUACCUUGCUCUUAGCUACUGCUGGGGUAAUCACAAGAACUUAAAGACCCUAUUGAACACGAAAGAUAAAUAUAGCAAGCUGCUGCCUAUGGAAGAACUUCCAAGAACCGUCAAAGAUUCAAUUAACGUCACGCGUGUGCUGGGAUUUCGCUACCUUUGGAUCGACGCUCUUUGCAUUGUGCAAGAUGACGAGGAGAUGCGAAACAAGGAGCUUGGCAGGAUGGGCGAUGUAUAUCGAAACGCAUUGUUCACUAUCUAUGCAAAGCGAGGCCAAAGCUGCGAUGACGGUUUAUUUGAGGAUCAAGACCCUCGUCUGUAUCGUCCUUGUCAGCUGAAAUGGCUAAAAACAACGGAACGGAAGACUGAAACAUAUGUCACUUUGACUUGCAGCCUACAUGAAGUGAACCAUCUCGAAAAUCGAGGUUGGGUUCUUCAGGAGGAGAUUCUCUCCUCUAGGCGGCUGAUCUUUGGAAGGCAGAUGUCUUGGGCAUGCACGACCACCACUGCCUGUGAAACACAUCCUGUUCCAAAGAAAGAGCAUGAUCCUUUGACAAAUGAGAAAAGUGAUAGUUUCAGCAAAUUGCGUAUGUGGUUACUGGCCCCGAAUUUCAUCCAUGAUACCCAAAGUGUCGGCUGCGGCUUGCCCGAUAACGGCUUCGAUACAUGGUACGACAUCGUUACAAAUUACAGUACUAGAAAAUUAACGUUACCAACGGACACUCUCCCUGCACUUUCAGGCUUAGCCACACAAUUUUCGAGAAGGCAAAAGAGUACCUAUAUUGGAGGCCUCUGGAGAGAAGACCUUCAGGUAGGGCUAGCCUGGUAUGUUGCUCUGAACGAAAGUUACCCAGGUCUGGUCACGGGGUCUACAUCGAAUAAUAGACCUACCUGGUCAUGGGCUUCUGUCGAGAAUUUGCCCGUGAGAUUUAGAGGUAGAGAACCUAAUUCGACCCAUCUUGCAUAUAAGGGAAUCGAAGUCUUACAAGUAUCCUGCCCCUCAAAAGAAAGCAAUAAUCCUUAUGGACAGAUAUUUGCAGGGGCCCUUACAUUGCGUGGCUCAAUCAAGAAAGCAACAUUAUGCUACAAUCCGGGAUUUCUACAGAGAAACUAUCUAUCUGAAAAAUUAUAUAGUGAAGAAGACAAACUCAACAGCCUUGCUCUCGCCGAGUACAAGAUACGUGCCCAGUUUCCUGCGCUUCUCCUAAGGGCUGAAACAGAAGAUGUUCUUGGAAUGGCAGCACUUGAUCGACCAGCCCCAGGUGGAUCAGCAGAGUUCUCUGGCCAGCAGACAGUUAUUUGUUCGCCACCAACCAUUGAAAGAACGAUGCAAUAUCCAAUUUGGUGCUUGCUUCUCAGCGUCUUCCGCCGUUCGUCUUUUCUACUCUCUACUUGUCUCUUGUUGGACGCAGUCGAUAAGGAAAACCUUGUCUACCGUCGACGUGGCAUAGCUGUCCUUAAAGAUACAGCAUGGUCUGGGUUGGAAAGUCUAGACGUAGCCGACGCCAGUCUGACACAUCCAGAUUCGAUAAAAACCAUAAACGUUGAAUAA